AUGGACGCCCCCGCUCCCUCGGAGAAACACGAGAAAAAGCCCCCAUACCAAGAGACCCACGAAGAGUAUGAUGGGGACCUUGAGGCUGUCGCUCCCGGCCAUCUGGCUGAGGCCCGUGAUUUUCACCAAGGGUUGCAUCAGCGUCACAUUCAGAUGAUCGCCCUGGCCGGGACAAUUGGCACUGGGCUGUUCUUGAGUUCUGGACGAGCCAUUGCCCAUUCAGGCCCGUUGGGCGCUUUCCUAGCAUACUCAAUUAUCGGGGGGGCGGUCUUCAGUGUGGUGGCAGCGGUAGGCGAAAUGGGCAGUCUUGUUCCGCUGCAGGGUGGAGUCAUUCGCUACGCCGAGCUCUUUGUCGACCCCGCCCUAUCCUUUGCCAAUGGAUGGAACCAAAUCUAUUCCUACCUCGUGUCAAUUCCCUCCGAAAUUGUUGCCGCCGCCGUGGUCAUUGAGUUCUGGACUACCAUCAACAAUGCCGUCUGGAUCACCGUCUUUGGCCUUCUUAUGCUCAUCACAGCCUUAAUGUUCGUGCGCGUAUACGGCGAGCUCGAAUUUGGCUUCUCGAUCCUCAAGAUUCUGCUUAUCAUUGGAAUCAACCUCAUGGCACUGGUCAUCACUUGUGGUGGAGCUCCGAAUCAUACAAGCAUUGGAUUUCGCUACUGGCGCGACCCGGGCCCUUUUGUGCAAUACCUGGGGAUCGGAGGCUCCCUGGGCCGAUUUCUGGGCUUCUGGACGUCGCUGAAUAGUGCUCUGUAUUCCUACAGUGGAAUCGAGAACAUCACCGUGGCAGCUGCCGAAACACGCUCUCCUCGACACGCCAUUCCUAUGGCCGCUCGUCGCAUCUUUGUGCGCAUCCUGCUGUUUUACGUUUUGACAAUCUUCAUGAUUGGACUCGUCGUUCCUUCCAACGAUCCGAAUCUGCUUGGUUCCUCGGGCACCGCGUCGGAGUCACCGUUCGUCAUCGCAGCUCGCAGUGCAGGAAUUAAAGUGGUUCCAUCCAUUAUCAAUGCGGUGGUGCUCACCUCCGCCUGGUCCUCCGGCAACUCGAAUAUGCUUAGUGGUUCGCGCAUCAUGUACGCCAUGGCAGCCGAAGGCCACGCGCCCAAGUGCUUUAUGCGCAUGAAUCGCUUCGGGAUUCCCUACGUAUCUGUGACGAUUCUAGGUAUUUUCAUGGCACUGGGCUACAUGACGCUCUCGAGCUCUGCUAGUACCGUCUUCACGUGGUUGCAGGACAUCGUCUCGGUCGCCACUCUUGUGAACUGGGGAUGUAUAUGUAUUGUGUACCUCAGAUUCCUCUAUGCAUGCCAGAAACAGGGGAUUGAUCGACACAAGGAGUUGCCUUGGGCUGCUCCUUUCCAGCCGUGGGGAACUUGGUUUUCGCUGGCCUUGUUCGGUCUCUUGUUCCUGACCGGCGGCUAUGAAUCAUUCAUCCACAGCCACUGGUCAACGGAGACUUUCAUUUCGUCCUAUCUGAAUGUACCUAUCAUCUUUGUGCUAUACUUCGGCUACAAGUUAUGGGCCAAGAGUAAGAUUAUUGGGUUGGAAGAUGUGCCAAUCCGCCCGUUCAUCGAUCGUUAUCAAGCCAACCCCGAGCCUAAGCCAGAGCCAAAACGCGGACUUGGACGGUUGAAUAUUCUAUGGGGAUGA